AAUCAGUAUAAUCAACGACUUUCUGAAUUCAAUUUCUCUCUCUUUCUCUCACCUCUGAAUUUGAUUCGAUCAUUAUUAUCGUCUCUCUGUCGCCAUUGAAUUGAAACCCAUCCGUCCAUUUGCCCAAAAUCAUAGAUUCCCUGAAUCAGCCGUUUUAUAAAUUAUCUUUCUUUAUAUACGUAUCAUCCUGCUGUGUGUUCUUGCCGCAGUUUAUGGGUAGAGGAAACAGGAAUCGUUCCUCUUAAGCAACCUCUCCAAUUUACAGAACCCCAUUUGAAUAAUUCCUUGUCAAUCCGUUGAAUUUCCGUUUUCGCAUUCACACACACACACUGUAUAUGUGUGUGUGUGAGAGAGGCGAGAGGGGAAUAUACAUAAAGAUUUAUAUAAAUACACAUCGCUGGCUUAUAAGGAAGACUCUGUGUAUUCGGAAGAGGAAGAGAGAAUAUAUCUCUUGUUAAUAAAAGAAGAACAAGAAAGUUCUUCUUCUGUAGGUGAUAUGGAGGGCCAUCGAGACGAUGUCGUCUCGAAUCGCCCGAGAAAGGUCUACUCCGAUGACCAAUUAGCCAUUGAAAUUCCCGAAACUGCUCAUCAGAUUAGUAGUGAUUCAUGGUUUCAAGUGGGAUUCGUUCUUACAACUGGUAUCAACAGCGCAUACGUGUUGGGGUAUUCAGGUGCAGUCAUGGUUCCUCUCGGGUGGGUGGGUGGAGUUGUGGGUUUAAUCUUGGCUACAGCCAUAUCACUUUACGCAAAUGCCCUCAUCGCAUAUCUCCAUGAAUUUGGUGGGAAAAGGCAUAUCAGAUACAGAGAUCUUGCAGGAUUCAUAUAUGGCCCAAAAGCUUAUAAACUAACAUGGGUGUUACAAUACAUAAAUCUUUUCAUGAUCAAUGUUGGGUAUGUCAUUUUAGCUGGUCAGGCUCUUAAGGCUAUUUAUGUACUAUUCAGGGAUGAUAACGAAAUGAAGCUCCCAUAUUUUAUAGCAAUUGCAGGAUUUGCUUGUGGACUUUUUGCAAUUUGUAUUCCUCAUCUUUCGGCUUUAAGGAUUUGGCUGGGAUUUUCAACGUUUUUCAGCCUCGUAUACAUUGUUGUAGCUUUUUCUCUUUCUCUUCGUGAUGGAAUACGUGCUCCACCGAGAGAUUAUGGGAUUCCAGGGUCGAAUAUAAACAAGGUUUUUACAACUAUCGGUGCUUGUGCAAGUCUUGUUUUUGCUUUCAACACAGGAAUGCUUCCAGAAAUACAGGCAACAGUAAAACAACCGGUUGUUGGGAACAUGAUGAAGGCUCUUUACUUUCAAUUCACAGUAGGAGUUGUUCCAUUAUAUGCGGUUGCCUUCAUGGGGUAUUGGGCUUAUGGAAAUGAGACAUCGGCAUAUUUGCUGAGUAGUGUUAGUGGUCCGGUUUGGGUGAAGACGUUUGCUAAUAUAUCCGCCUUUUUACAAACCGUCAUAGCUUUGCAUAUCUUUGCAAGUCCGAUGUAUGAGUAUCUUGAUACAAAAUACGGGAUCAAAGGAAGUCCGCUAGCACUAAAGAACUUGUCAUUUAGGGUGGUGGUGAGAGGCGGUUACCUAACAGUAACCACCUUACUGGCGGCAGCACUGCCAUUCAUCGGAGACUUUAUGAGCCUGACCGGAGCUAUUAGCACCUUUCCACUUACAUUCAUUCUAGCAAAUCAUAUGUAUUUGGUGGCUAAAAGAAACAAGUUGAGUUCUUUACAGAAAUCAUGGCAUUGGUUGAAUGUGGUUUUCUUUGGGUUCAUGUCUGUGGCGGCAGCAGUGGCGGCUUUGAGGCUUAUUGCUGUGGACUCCAAAAAUUAUAGCAUAUUUGCUGAUGUAUAAUUUGUAGGUUUUAUUGUAUUAUAGUUUUAUAAUUAUAAUGGGAUGUCUAAAAUGUGUCCCGAUAUAUUUCAUAUUGAAUAAUGUUUAAGUUAGUGGUUUAUAA